AUGGUUGGCAAACGAGCAGACGGAUCACCUGAUGGAAAGCGAUCGGCGCCGCCCAUGGACAUCCGCAACACCAGAGGAGUCACAGGGAGAGACUUUGAAGGAAUCGAUUCUUAUAGACUACCAAGUAGGAAAGAAUCCAGUCCAGCAAACGACCUACUUUAUAUGAUCUUCAACUGCACUGAUCAUGAAACAAGGCUCAAGAACUUCUACAAUUGGUUAGACUACUACCACUCCGAGUUGGACAAAUCCUUGUCGAACUAUGGUCUGAAAGCCAACUACGUUUACCCUAGAGACCAGUUAGAUGCCGAUUUGAAGAGAUAUGGUAAACUGCAAUUUCGUUGCUCCAUACUUUUAUGCAAUGUCCUGUCUGCGUAA